UGCACCGCAUGCUCAACUUCCUGUUACGCGUGUAAACAGCGCCGCUGCUACUGAGGUCCACAUGAGUGUCUGCUUGUAAAACACGUUUUUGUUCUCAUCUAAGGACAUUUUUUUAUAGCGUUUAUUAUUUCUCAGGGAUGUUAAGUUUUCCAAGAAAUCGGAACUGUCUAUUUCUGUGACCUGAAUAAUCUCUGACAAGUGCGAGGAGCUCUAUCCUGCUAACACACGUCAGUGGCUAUUAAAACAGACACAAGCUAACCGAGCUUUACGAAGUGAAUUUGACCGAGAGGAUAAACUGCAGCACCGACGACAUGAAUAAACGAGAAGGUGAAGCUUGUCCACGGAAAAAUGCUGAUUCAGCGUCAGACCGCGACGCGAAUGCCAAUCCAUCCUCACCUGUCAUUGCUGCUUUCAAAGUUUUCCAGCAGGAGCUUGACACCAAACAUGACAAAUAUGAGCGCCUUGUUAAGAUCUCUCGGGAUGUUACCAUUGACAGCAAGAGGAGCAUUUUUCUUCUGCAUAGAGUGACCAGUGUCCCAGAUGCUGAGGAGGUUCUGAAAGAAGCAGAAGUAAAACUGGAUGGAGUCAGACAGAAAAUAGGUCAAAUUGCUGAAGAGCUGAGGGGAGAGGACAUCUAUCAGUUUCACAGAGCCUUCACUCCAGGGAUCCAGGAGUAUGUGGAGGCCGUCUCUUUCCUGCACUACAUCCGUCAUCGCAGCCUCAUCAGCCUGGAGGAGAUCAACGCCAAACUGGUGUUCAUGAAAGAAGAGAAGGGAGGAGCUGAAACUCAGCCGCUCGGAGCUCAGGUCCUGACCUUCCAAGUGACGCCCUCAGACUACCUGCUCGGAGUGGCCGACCUGACCGGAGAGCUGAUGCGCAUGUGCAUCAGCAGCGUGGGCAACGGCGACAUUGACACGCCCUUCCAGCUUAGCCAGUUCCUGCGGCAGAUCCACGACGGCUUCUCCUACAUCGGGAACACAGGCCCGUAUGAGGUGUCCAAGAAGCUGCACACUCUGCGACAGAGCCUGGGUAAGGUGGAGGACGCUUGCUACGCCCUGCGAGUCCGCGGCUCAGAGAUCCCCAAGCACAUGUUGGCCGACGUGUUCUCCAGUAGGACCACACUCAUGGACUCCGAGGAAGGAGUGGUUUAAUCCUCUGUGGCCUCCACAGCGUUG